AUGAAGUGCCUUCUCUCUUACAUCAUGCUCGCCCUCUGCUUCGGCCUCGGCCUCGCACAGCAAGGCACGAUCCAGUGCCAAUGCAAAGCAACUCUCACAAACUCCGUCAUCAGGACCGGCGGCCGCAAGCUCUGCAGUCAGCGCGGCGGUAUCCUGAGCGAGGACAACGAGCUCUGCACCAAGCUUCCGGAGAGAUUCACGGACGCGGACUGCAAGACUUUGGGAGACUCGUUCCUGGCGAGCUGCGGAUCGGCUCGGUCUGAGUUGAAGAGGGGUAUUUACAAGCGCGAGGUCGUGCCUCUGUCGACGAGGCCGAUCGUGAGGAGACUGUCCAACUUCUAG